GCGUCGCAGGCUGUAUCACGCAAGGGCAUCAGCCAAUGAGGAGGCGGGAGUCACGGCCGGUUCGCCGCCACUAGCAGCUGUUGCGAGGCUGAAGCCAGAGUGGACUGUUCUCUUGGAGCUACUGGUCCGUCACUUCUCAGGUAUCAUCGAGAGUUCAGCAAGGCUGAGCUGUACCAUUUAGAAGAAUGGAAGCUAAUGCAUCUGUCAACAUGUUUUCAAAAGCCCUGGAGAAUCAGUUGCUGCAAACAACUAAACUAGUGGAAGAACAUCUGGAUUCUGAAAUUCAGAAACUGGAUCAGAUGGACGGGGAUGAACUGGAACACCUCAAAGAAAAGAGACUCGAGGCGCUGAGGAAAGCUCAGCAGCAGAAACAAGAAUGGCUUUCGAAAGGACAUGGGGAAUACAGAGAAAUCCCUAGUGAGAGGGACUUUUUUCAAGAAGUCAAGGAGAGUAAAAAAGUGGUGUGCCAUUUCUACAGAGACUCCACAUUGAGGUGUAAAAUACUAGAUAAACACUUGGUGAUACUGUCCAAGAAACAUCUUGAAACCAAGUUUUUGAAGCUGAAUGUGGAAAAAGCACCUUUCCUUUGUGAGAGACUGCGUAUCAAAGUCAUUCCCACACUAGCACUGGUAAAAGAUGGAAAAACACAAGAUUAUGUUGUCGGAUUCACUGACUUAGGAAAUACCGAUGACUUCACCACAGAAACUUUAGAAUGGAGGCUCGGUUGUUCUGAUAUUAUUAAUUACAGUGGAAGUUUAAUGGAGCCACCAUUUCAGAGCCAAAAGAAACUUGGAACAAACUUCACAAAGCUGGAAAAGAAAACGAUCCGAGGCAAGAAAUAUGAUUCGGACUCUGAUGAUGAUUAGAGAUCAGUUAUAAUUCUUUGUAAAUUGUCUUUUUAUUUCUGCUCACUUUAGAAUUAGAUCUGUUUUCUAAAUUCUAUUGAUUUCGAUCCAUUGGUCAUCUAAUGGUCCAACUCUAGGGUUUUAUACACUUGCAUCACACUGAAAGACAUCUUUACUAUUUUCUGUGAGGAGCUAAUAUUUAAGUUGAGGGAAACUUCUGAGUUCUUAAAUUUUGGGGAAAGGGUCUGGAUUCUAUUUUUGUGAUUGAUUUUAUCACAAUAUGAUUUUUGCAUCUUUAUACCAUUCACAGUUGUGUUCUUAAUCUACUGGAUUGGACAUAGAAAUUCAGAAAACCAUUCCAGGACUAAUUCUCACACAUUAUUUACUUUAUACAACCUGUCAAGUGACAUUUACUGGUGUAACAGACUGCACUUGUAAAUGAAUUAUAAAAACACUUCACUUCUGGAAUAUAUUUAAAUAACUAUUAAAGAACUGCUUAUUCUGUAUGCUGCACAUUGAUGUUGAAUCAACUGAUGGCAUAAAAAAGCUUUUUCAGGAUGUGAACAAAUUGCUUUAUUUAAAGGGUCCUGUUGCUUGUAUUUUAAGACACGCAUUAAAAAAAGUCAGGAAGCACUUUUGUACUGGCAGCAUAAGGGGAUCUAUAGACUCAGUGAAAUAACCAUAACUGGUAAAUAUUAUUUUUAAAAUAACUUAAAGUCUCUGGAAAUUGUCAUAAGAGCAUACAGCAAACAAAAACAUUUGUUCAAGAAAGUGCUAUAUCUUGGUAAGAAUGGUGAGUCUCCGUGGUAUUUGAGCCAUGACUCUGCAUCCUCCCUCCCCGCCAGCUCCCAACCUCAGCCUACAAUUUCUCCCUGGGAGGAGCAGACUGCUCGCACUUCUCUUCCACCCAGUCCUUGUAGCACAGAACCUCUACCCCAGGAAUGGCAGACAGACCACAAAUACUGUUUCCUGAUGACUGUUGUCCCAGCUUAUUCUUAACCCCAUUAAGAUGAACAAUUGACUUACUCAUAAGCUGGCUAUAUAGUGAUUAGGAUGGAGUCUCCAUGCAAAGACAGGCAAGCAGAGAAGACCAGGGGCUCCCGCCACUGCUCUACUAUCCCCACCCCCGUCUACAGGGGAAUAGCACAGAGGUUCUGCCCAGUGGGAGAAGCAAGCUCUCAGAACAGCUUUCACCACAUUUCCUAAGGGGACUGGCUAUUUAGAACAGAGCAUUAACAAGCCCUGGGAGAGAGGGGAGGAUGAGUCUCUAGAGCUACUCUAUUAUCUAAAACAUCCAGUUUUCAACAAAAGUUGUAAGACCUGCAAAGAAACAGGAAACUGACCCAUUCACAAGGGGGGAAAGAAGCAAUCAAAAGAAACUACCUUUGAGUGAACCCAGAUGUUGGAAGCUGACAAAAACUUCAAAGCAGCUAUUAUAAAUAAUCUUUUUUAAAACUAAAACCAUGCUGGAGGUAAAGAAAGGCAUAAUAUUCCAUCAAAUAGAGAAUGUUAAUAAAUAGAAAUUAUUUUAAAAGAACCAAGUGGAAAUCUUUGGACUUGGGAAGUACAAUAACUGUAAUGAAAAAUUCAUUAGAAGGACAAAACAGAUUUGAGCUUGGAGUGGAAGGAAUCAGCAAAUGUCGAGAUCAGUCAAUACAGAUAUUGCAAUUUGAAGAACGGGAAAAAAAUGAAGAGAAAUAGUUUCAGAGAAAUGUGGAACAUCAUAUGUAUAACGGGAGUGCUAAAAGGUGAGGAAAAAGAAAAUGAGCAGGAAAAUUAUUAGGCGAAUAAUACCUAAAAAUCCAAAUUCGAUGAAACAACAUUAAUCAAAGAGGAUCAGCAAAUUCUUAUAGUAGAAUGAACCACAUCCAGACAUGUCAGAAUAAAAAUGCUGAAAGGAAAAUCUUGAAAACAAAGGGAAAACCACUCAUGAUGUAUAAGAAAACCCCAUUGAGAUUAAUAGUUGACAUCAGAAACAGUGGAAGCCUGAAGGCAGUGAGAUACAUGCAAAGUGCUGAAAGGAAAAAACUGUCAACUAAGAAAUCUUAUUUCUAGCAAAAUUCGCAGAAAUGAAGCCAAAAUGAGGACAUUCUCAAAUUUCAAUAAUUCAGUUUUAGGAAACUCACAAGAAAUGCUAAAGGAAGUUAUUCAAGUUGAAAGGAAGUGAGACCACACAGUAUAAUAGUCCUGAUAAGUUCCGCGGCCCCCAGUGGACACCUGAAACCAUGCAUAGUACCAAAUGGUUUGUUUAUAUACAGAAGGUGCCCAAAAAAUGUAUACACAUUUUAAGAAAGGAAAAAGCUGUAUUAAAAUUGUAAUACUCAAUAUAUAUCAAUAACAAAAGAUGAAUACAAGUCAUGUGUGUACAUCGUUUUGGCACGCCUAGUAUAUACAUAUGGGUGAAUGGCUAUAUAUACGUAUGUAUGUAUGUAUGGAUGGAUAUAUUUCUGUUCAUAUUUUCCACCCAUAAAUUUAAAUGCCUUUUCCAUCCUAAGUAAGCACCAUGCACUGUGCAUAACCUUUGCAGUUUGAGGAGCAACAGCAAAACCAGCAUGAAUUUCUUUUUUGUUCUUAAUUUCAAUGGUAGAAGAUUUGUCUUACUGUAGAUGUUCACAACCUCAGCGUACAGAUGUUUUGUUUCCUUAUUAAGUUGAAAACGUUCACCUUUUCACUUCAAAGAAGCAGUUCACUGCUUCUCUUUGACACAUACAAAUUGCCACUAUCACUACUCAUGUACUUUGGGGUCAUUAUUAAGUAAAAGAAGGGUUACUUGAACACAAGCCCUGUGAUACCGUGACAGUCUGUGUAAUAACCAAGACAGCUACUAAGUGACUAACGGGUGGGGACUACCUACAGCGUGGAGACACGAAUAAAUUUAACAAAGGAAAUACGUGUACACUGAAAACUACACAACAUCACUGACGUAAAUAAGACCAAAAAAAUUGAAAUACAUCUCAUGUUCAUGAAUUGGAACAUAAAAUAUUUUAAAAUGUCAUUAUAAUUAAAAGCAAUCUGCAGCCUCAAUGCAAUCCUUAUCAAAAUGCCAGUGGCCUUUUUGCAAACAUGGAAAAGCCGAUCCUCUAAUUCAUAUGGAAUUACAACUCAACAGAAAGACAAACAACCCAAUUUAAAAAUGGGUAAAGGACUUGAAAAGAUGAUUUUUCAAAGAUCCGCAAAUAGCCAACAAGCACCUGAAAGAUGCUCAACAUGACUAGUCAUCAGGGAAAUGCACAUCAAAACCGCAAUGAGAUACCACUUCACUAGAAUGACUAUCAUUGUAAAAGAAAAGAAUAAGAGUGUGGUUGUGGAUUGGAACCCCUGGACAUCUAUAAUGAAAUGUAAAAUGGUGCAGCUGCAGUGGUAACAAUUCGGUGGUUGCUCAGAGUUAAAUGUGGAAUUACCAUAUGAUCCAGCAAUUGAAUUCCUAGGUAUAUCCCCCAAAAUAAUUGAAAAGAGCUACUCAAAUAAAUGUGUGUACGUGCAUGUUAAUAGCAGUAUUCAUAAGAGCAAAGAAGUGAAAAAAACCCAAAUGUCCAUCAUCAGAUGAAUGGAUAACAAAUUGUGAUAUAUGCAUAUAAUGCAAUAUUCAGCCACAAAAAAAGAAGAGUGCUAAUACAUGCUACAACAUGGAUGGACUUCAGAAGCAUUCCAAGUGAAAGAAGUGUCUAGAAUAGGUAAAUCCAUAGAGUAGAUUGGUGGUUGCAAGGGGUUGGGGGAAGAGUGUGUAGUAACUGCUUAAUGGGUACGGGGUUUCCUUUUAGAGUGUUGGGAAUGUUAUGAAACUAGGUAGAGGUGUUGGUUGUGCAACAUUUUGAAUGUUCAUGUACUUUAUGUCACUGAAUUGUAUAUUUUAAAAUGGUUAAAUUUAUGUAAUGUGAAUUUCACCUCAAUUAAAAAAAAACCUAAAUUCAAAUUGUGAACAGAAUAGUGUGUAAUCAUGUGCUCUGACAGUAUGGAUGCAAUAUACUUUUUAAAAUAAAGAGAGGACAGAGAAUA